AUGCUUAUGCUUCUAGCAAUAUUGUUAGUCACAUCUCAUGGAGUAGGCAAUAUCAGUUGUUCCACGGUCCCUGAGAAUAGCACGGACUCGCUCGCCUUGCUUGAUUUCAAGGCAGCCAUCACCAAUGACCCUUCUGGAUCCUUGAUGAGCUCGUGGAACACUAGCAUCCACUGCUGUAAGUGGAGAGGUGUCACAUGUAACUCGAAGAACCACGGGCGAGUCACAGCACUCAACCUUACCGGCCAAGGCCUGUCAGGCUCGAUUUCUCCAUCUGUUGGAAACCUAACAUUCCUUCAUACACUAGACCUGUCUACCAAUCACUUCUCUGGCCAAAUACCACAUCUCAACAAUCUCCAGAAGAUGCAAAUCCUUAAUCUGAGCUACAACUCAUUGGAUGGGGUUAUUCCAAACACGCUCACAAAUUGUUCCAACCUCAAGCAGUUGCAUCUCAACCAUAACUUACUCAAUGGUGCAAUUCCUCGGGAAAUAGGUCUCCUUGAGAAACUGGUCUUUUUUGCCCUUAAUAACAAUAAUCUUACUGGGACCAUCCCGCCAACCCUUGGUAACAUCACCCAUAUAGAAGAGUUUUUUCUUCAAGAAAAUCAACUUGAAGGAACAAUUCCAGGUGAACUUGGCCAAUUUUCAAAUAUUUCGAUGCUGGACCUUGGGGGAAAUAACCUCUCAGGUACUAUCCCUGCAAGCCUAUUUAAUUUGUCCUUACUUCAAGGACUAGAUUUGCAUGCAAAUCAGCUAAGCGGGAGUCUACCAAGCAAUAUGGGUGAUCGCCUCUUUAAUCUACAAAGACUAUACUUGGGCGAGAAUUGGCUGGAAGGUCGCAUACCAGAUUCCUUAUGUAAUGCUUCAAUGCUACAACAACUAGUUCUACAAUCUAACAAUUUCACUGGACAAAUCCCUGGUUCCUUUGGGAAGCUUUCAAGUUUAUCUACACUAGACCUUGGGUUGAACAUGCUUGAAGCAAAAGAUAGUGAAAGCUGGGAAUUCUUGCAUGCGCUAGAAAACUGCAGUGCUCUAAAAGUGCUAGCACUAUCAAACAAUCAGCUGCAGGGGGUUAUACCAAAUUCAGUUGGUAACUUAUCGUCUAGUCUUCAGUACUUAAUCUUAGGUGGAAAUAAGCUGUCAGGUACAAUCCCACCAAAUAUAGGAAAACUUUCUGGGUUGGUUCAAUUGUCACUAGAUGAAAGCAGUCUCACUGGUAGCAUUGAUGGAUGGCUUGGAGACCUAAAAAACCUGCAGUAUUUGAAUCUUAGAAAAAACAACCUAAGUGGACCCAUUCCACCCAGCACUGGCAAUCUCACGUGGUUGGUAGAACUCUUUCUAGACAACAAUGGAUUUGAAGGUCCCAUGCCAUCAUCCUUGGGUACGCCUCCACUGCUUUUAAAGCUGAACCUUAGUCAUAAUAAUCUAGAAGGGAGCAUUCCACUAGAGAUUAGCAACCUUAAACAACUUAUCAACCUCGAGCUUGCAUCAAACAAGCUUACUGGGGAAAUUCCUGAUGAUUUGGCCCUAUGCCGAAACUUAGUGACCAUCAAUAUGGAGCGAAACUUUAUCGCAGGGAACAUUCCAGAAUCUGUUGGCAAUCUAGAAAACUUGAACAAACUAAAUCUUGCCCACAACAACUUGUCUGGCACCAUUCCAACAGCUCUAGGUAAUUUACAAUUACUCAAUAUGCUGGACCUUUCUUACAAUGAUCUCCAAGGCGAAAUACCAAUGGAUGGAAUUUUCAGAAAUGUUUCGUCUGUUUAUCUUGACGGUAAUAUGGAUCUUUGUGGAGGAGCUUUUGAUCUCCAUAUGCCCUCAUGCCCUUCAUUUUCUCAGAGAAUAGAAAGCAAGUGCACUUGGUUCAACAUAUUUAUCCCCAUAGUUGGAUUCAUGUCACUCAUAAUGUUUAUUUAUGUCAUAUUUUUUGAGAAGAAGACAUCAAGAACCAGCUACACAUCGAUGCUUUCUUUUGGUAAGAAAUUCCCUAGAAUUUCUUAUAAGGAUGUAGCUGAAGCUACGAGAAAUUUCUCAGAGUUAAACCUAAUUGGGAGAGGAAGUUAUGGUUCGGUAUACAGAGGGAAGUUAACUCAAGCUAAAAUUCAGGUAGCUAUUAAGGUAUUUGAUCUGGGCAUACAAUGUGCAGAUAGAAGUUUCUUAUCAGAAUGUGAAGCUUUGAGAGCUAUCAAACAUCGAAACAUUGUUCCAAUCCUAACUGCAUGUACGACAAUAGACAACAAAGGCAAUGAUUUCGUAGCUUUAGUUUAUGAGUUCAUGCCUAAUGGGAAUUUGGACACGUGGUUGCAUCACAGAUGUGCUGGUGUGGCCCCAGAAUGUUUGACCUUAGCUCAAAGAAUAAGCAUAGCUGUUGGCAUAGCUGAUGCCUUGGCUUAUUUACACAAUGACUGUGGAAGGCCUAUCAUCCAUUGUGAUUUGAAGCCAACUAAUAUCCUUCUUGAUGAUGACAUGAAUGCCCAUCUGGGAGACUUUGGCAUUUCAAGACUUCUUCGUGAUUCUACGCCUAUAAAUCUUGGGCAUUCUGGUUCUAAUGGCUCAGUCACAAUUAAAGGAACAAUAGGAUAUAUCCCUCCAGAAUAUGCUCAAAGUGUUCAUGCAUCAACUAGUGGGGAUGUUUACAGUUUCGGUAUUAUACUUCUGGAAAUGCUAAUUGGAAAAAGGCCAACUGAUUCAAUGUUUGAGGGUGAAAUGAACAUUGUCAGCUUUGUGGAGAAGAACUUUCCAAAACAGAUGUCACAUAUCAUAGAUGCUCAUCUCCAAGAAGAGUCCAUGUUGCUAGCAAGAGUGGAAAGGGGAAAUGAGGUUCGUCGAUGCCUGAUGUCUCUCGUUGGAGUUGCUCUUUCUUGCACGCGUCUACUCCCAAGCGAACGAAUGAAUAUGAGACAGGUAACAGCCAACUUGAACGCGGCUAGAAGGUCAUAUGGUAUACAACAAUUACCCAAUGCAAGGGCAGACCAUUCUUCCUUAGAGCCUGUAUAA